AUGCUCAGCCUCCUGCUGUGUCUCUCGGCCCUGGCACCUCUGGCCGGGGCUGUGACGUUGUCAACAGACACGACAAAUACGGAUAUUGACAUCUCAGCUUGUCCCAUCAAGUACUUUGGUGCUGGGCCAUAUUCUUCUUUUGAUGAGUUAUUGAUCGUCAGCUAUAAAAUAGCUGGGACAGAUCAGGCAGCUGCAUAUAUGUCUGCUGAUCUUGAAGGGGAUGGUGUGUUUAUCUUUUAUUUCAAUGGUGGUGGAACUGUGACCACGGCAUCAUCAGGAACAGCUGGAGCUCAGACAGACUCUCAGGACCUCACUCGUUGCAGAGCGGGCUUAGGUAAAAGCUAUAAGGUUGAUGAGGAGGUGAGACGUGACUCUGACACCUGCAGCAUCAAGACGUGUUUAGGCUCUGGUGAUUUUCAAUCCAGAAGCAAUUGUGCCACAAAUCAAGUCUGUAUGGGCAACGAUGUAUGUGGCAGUGAACACUCCUGCUCCAUUGUGGCCAACAGCGUGGUGGCUGUAAGCGGUGCAACUGCUGUUAUUCCUGAUUUUUGUGCCUAUGACAUCGUCUCAGGAGGUGGAUUGGUCGUAACCGCAAUACUCAGAGAGCGCCGCUACAAAGACACCCCCUUCGUGGACUCAGUAAAGAUCAGUACAACCUCUGGAGGAACAGACAUUGUUACUCUGCUCCAGGGAGGAAAAGCAGAACUGAAGGAGUCUACUGGGACUACAGAUUUGACCCUCAGCUCGACUGUAAAAACCCAGAUAGGCUUAAGCCUGUACGACCACGGCAAUGGACCAUUGGCCUCUUUUACUGACAGCGACGGCAUCAUCACUGAGAUUUUCUUUGAGGGCACCUUACUGCAUGUGAAACAUACAGUGCCAAGUGGAAAAACUGCAUACACAGGUGGUGUGUGUUUUGAUGCCACUGAUAUCACUGGUGAGAAGGUCAACACCUACUCUUCAUCCAGUUGUGACACCAUCGUUUCGGACUCUCGAGGUGAUGGGAUUACCUGCUCCGACAAACAAACCCGAUGCACUGAUGAAUUGAACUCUGUGAAGGUGGAUUCUGUCGACAUAGCCCCCUACGUCAAAGCCUGCGCUGACAACCUGCUGUGUGGCUAUCAUGACGGCGACGAUCUCUACUGCCGCUUUAAGCAAGCCUACGCCCGCACCGCCGACCUCGACUCCUACGAUUGCUCUGCCUCAGUUUGUUUGUAUCAUGAGUGUGCAUCUCAUGAGUUCUGUGCCGUGGCGCUCAGUGGAGAUGCUGCCUGUUUCUGCAGAAGUCUAAACGAAACAGUAAACGGGUUUCGAGAUGACGGCACAUAUGGACCUGAUGCCACUUGUGAUGAUGGCACCGCCUCUGUAAGCCUGAUUGGCUGUUUAUUGGUGGAAGAGGACGUUAACCUUGAUGAUCUACAUCUGAAAGAUGACACCUGCACUGGACAGUCAAAUGGAAAUAUUUUGCAGUUUACAUUUGACACCCAGAACCCAUGUGGUGCAACUUCUACGGUUGCAGGCGAUAAAAUCCAAUUUGAUAACGCAAUCCAGAACACCAUGGACGGCCAGAUCACUCGUGAAAACAGUGUGAAUAUCAAAUUUUCAUGCUCGUUUGAGAAGGAGUUGGACUCCACCACAGCUUUCAGCUUCCAGAUUAAAGACGGCUCUAUUACUCAGGAAUACACAGCAGGAGACUACACCUUCCCUCUGACCAUCUCCGUAUACAGUGAUGCAGCCAUGACCGAACAACUGACCGCAGACGCUCAACUGGAAAUAAACCAGAAGGUGUACGUGAAGCUGGAAGCUACGGAUCUGGGUGACAGUGGCCUGGUACUGGUCAUUAAUAAGUGCUUCACCACAACUGAUAAUGACCCAGAAGGUGCAAAUGUAUAUAGCCUCAUCGACGCCAAGACUGCCGAAGUGCCUGAAAGAGAUAACCCGGGUCACAUUCUCAACAAAGUUGUGACCAUGACAACCCACCGGCUUCAGACCCCUGCAAUGGAUUUGGACUUUGGAAAACCUGGAUUUUGA